AUGACGCUCAAAGACGUCAAGUACACGGCACACGCGACCGCGCGCGGCCAGGGGCGCAACGGCGAGGUCAAGUCGCACAACGACGCGGGGCUCACGCUGCGCCUCGCGAUGCCCAAAUCGCUCGGGGGCAAGGGCGACGGGCAGAACCCAGAGCAGCUCUUCGCCAUGGGGUACAGCGGUAAUACCAUGAACACACAUUCAUCUUCACUUGCUAGGCUGGUGGCGAGCAAGAAGGGACGGGAGGCGCAGGAGCAGGCGCGCAAUGCGGUGGUGCACACCGACGUGCACAUGGGCGAGCCGAAGGACCUGGGCGGGUACGGGCUCGCGGUGGACGUCAAGGUCGAGGGAGUCGACGACGAGGAGCUCAUCCAGGCGGGGCAUGAGGCUUGUCCGUACAGUCGCGCGCUGAAGCACGGGGCGGUGGUCAAGGUCUCCAAAGCAUGA